AUGGAUAAGUAUAUUCGUCAUGAUCGUUUCGAAGACACAACUAUGAACGAUCCAGAUCCAGAUUCCUUGGAAAUAUCACAAGCACAACCCCUAAAAGAAACAUCGUAUCUGUUUAAUUCAUCUUUGUACAAUAUUUUGAAAUUCGACAAACAAACAAAUAGUUUGGUCAUGAAAUGCACAACAUGUUUUAAAUGCAUCAAAGGGAAUAGUCAUUCAACUGGCAAUUUUAUUUCUUAUAUUAAAAAAGUUCAUUCAGCCAAAAUGAAAGUGUGGAAUGAAGAAAAAUUGAAAUUUCAAAAUUCAAAAGUUGAUAAUCAGUCUGGUUUAAACUCUACGAAGCAAUUGUCAUUAGUUGAUAGUUUCAACAGACAAGGAACCAAAACUAGUGAAAAGUUAAGCCAAAAAGAGGUGAAUUAUUUAAUAUUGAAUUACAUUGUAGAAGAAAUGCUCCCAGUAUCUACUAUCGAUAAAGAAUCUUUUAGGACCAUGAUAGAGCGUUUUUUAUCAGUAAGAAAUAAUCCGUACACUAUUUUUUGUAGAAAAUCUUUAAUGCAACUAUUAACUAACGAAUAUAAUACUGUAAAAUGUAAUUUAAUGAAAAUUUUAAAUAAUCAAAAAUAUGUAUGCACCACUGCAGACAUUUGGUCAUCCAACAAUAAAAGUUACAUGGGAAUGACGGUACAUUUCAUUGAUAAAAUUAAAAUAGAAAGAUGUAGUUUUAUGCUAGCAUGUAAACGAAUUAAAUAUUCUCACAAUUUUGAAAAUAUUGGAAAAUUAAUAUAUGAAAUUCAUACUGAAAAUAAUUUAAAUGUUGAGAAAAUUACUCAUACUAUUACAGAUAAUGCAUCUAAUUUUUCUAAAGCAUUUAAAGUUUUUAAUGAUACAAAUACAAAUACAAUUGUGCCGCAAAAAGAACCAAAUAUUUUACUUACAGUUGGGGAUACAGAAAUUUUAAUGAAUGAAUGGGAUGAUGAUGAAGAGGAAAUUGAGAGCUCAAAUGAAGAAAAUUUAAUUAUAAAUAAUGUUGAAGUACAGGAGUUACAUAUUGACAUGUAUAAUGAAUUUGAUGAUAUAACAUUACCAAAUCAAAUUCGUUGUUUAUCUCAUACUCUUAAUUUACUAGCAGUAAGUGAUAGUAACAAAGCUAAAAGUAACAACUCAUAUAAAGAUUUAUAUGAUGAUGCAUUUGAUAAAGCUCAUACAUUUUGGAAUUUACUUCGUCGCAGUACAAAAGCUUUAGAUGUAGUAAAAGAUAUUGUUCAGUGUAAAUUUCCAAUUCCAGUAAUUACUCGAUGGAAUUCAUUUUAUAACUCUGUUAAUAAAUUAUUACAGUAUAAAAGUUGUCUAAAUAAUAUUUUUCAAAAACUUAAUAUACCUAGGUUAAAAACUAAAGAAAUAGAAUUUUUUGAAGAAUAUGUAAGAAUUAUGGAACCGAUUGCAAUUAGUUUAGACAUUUUUCAAGGGGAAAAGAAUUGCUUUUUAGGAGUUGUACUACCCACAUUAUUUAUAAUGUCAGAUAAAAUUUCCCAUUUGAAACAUUGUCAACAUUUAAAGGAUACAAUUUUAAACAACUUUAAAAUCCGUUUUAGCUAUAUCAUUGAUUUAGAAAAAGAAUCAUCUAAAACAUUUAUAAUUUCUGCUAUUUCUCAUCCAAAGUUCAAAUUGUCCUGGAUACCGAAUGAGUAG